GGCAGGUGCCUUGCUCCUCCUAGGGAAGGAAGCGGCGGGCAGAGGCGGAGAGGGAAGGCGGGAAGCCAGCCAGAGCCUAGAGGCGGAGUCGCCCGGAGCAGCAGCGGGGCAGGCAGGUGGUGUCAGUCUGGGCUGGAAGUUGGCCGCUCAGGAGCAGCCGGACGGGACCCGGGGAGUGACUGGCUGAGGGGCAGCAGCCGGGGCAGGUGCCGGCUGCCCACGUGUGCGGGAGGCUCGGUCCCGGGGCUGCGGGCGGCUCUCCCGCGGAUCCUAUGUGUCUGGCCCGGGAGCGCUCUCCCGCUGUGCCGCUUCGCGGGGCGCCCUCGGGAUGAGGAACCUGCUGCUCCUGCUCCUCGCCGCCGGCUGGAGCGUGGGGCCGGUGAAUGGCAUCCACCCAGAAUGCAGAUUUCAGUUGGAGAUUCAUAACGAGGAAAUAAGAUGUAUGGAACUUCUAAACAGUGUCAAAAGAGUGGCGUUUAAAGGAUGUGUUGGAGUUUGGGAUAACCUUACUUGCUGGCGCCCUGCUGAAAUUGGAGAGACUGUCACUGUCCCUUGUCCAAAAGUAUUUAGCCACUUUUUCAGCAAACCAGGAAAUAUUAGCAAAAAUUGUACAAGUGACGGAUGGUCAGAGAUAUUUCCAGAUUUCAUAAGCGCUUGUGGUUAUUAUGACAAUGAUGAUGACAGUAAGAUUAAUUUCUAUGUACUAGUGAGGGCAAUCUACACCCUUGGACAUAGUGCAUCUCUGAUUGCUCUAACGACAGGAAGUAUAAUUCUUUGCCUUUUCAGAAAACUUCACUGCACGCGGAACUACAUCCAUCUGAACUUGUUCCUCUCUUUCAUUCUAAGAGCAAUCUCUGUUUUAGUCAAGGAUGAUAUUCUUUAUUCCAAUUCCAACACAGCUCACUGUUCAGAGGAUCAGUCGUCAUGGGUUGGCUGCAAGGCUAGUUUGGUAUUUUUCCAAUAUUGUGUUAUGGCAAACUUUUACUGGCUCUUAGUUGAAGGACUUUACCUCCACAUCCUCCUUGUGGUAAUAUUCUCUCCUAACAGACAUUUCACAGUCUAUCUUCUGAUUGGCUGGGGAAUUCCUACAGUAUUCAUCAUCCUGUGGACAGUGACAAGGAUCUUUUUAGAGGACACAGGUUGCUGGGAUACAAAUGAACACAGUGGUCCUUGGUGGGUUAUACGAUUACCAAUUUUAAUUUCUAUUAUAGUGAAUUUUAUACUUUUCAUUAGUAUUAUAAGAAUUUUACUGCAAAAGUUAAGAUCGCCCGAUGUCGGAGGCAAUGAUCAGUCACAAUACAAGAGACUUGCAAAAUCAACAUUGCUGCUUAUUCCAUUAUUUGGAGUUCACUACAUGGUGUUUGCUGUAUUUCCUAUACGCAUUUCCAGUCACUAUCAGAUAAUUUUUGAGUUAUGUUUGGGAUCUUUUCAGGGGCUGGUUGUUGCAGUCCUGUACUGCUUUUUGAACAGUGAAGUACAAGGUGAGCUGAAAAGGAAAUGGCGGAGUUUGUGUUUGAGCCAGACAGUGGGCCGCGACUACAGACUCCAUAGCUGUUCUAUUUCUCGAAAUGGCUCAGAAAGUGUCUCCCAGCUCCAUCGGAAUUCAGGGGCACAGUCUUUUAUGCAGACAGAGACCACAGUGAUAUAAACCAUGUAGCUCAACCUAAAGACUAUGGGACAUAUCACUGUAUGGAGCUCAAUGUAAUAUUUUCUAAAAUGCACCAUUUAUGCUUUGCUUUUCUACAUAUUGACGUCUGGAGAAUGGCCUGGUGCAGUAAAUCAUGUAACAGAUGGGCAGGCGGCUUUGCAGACAUUUUGGCCUCGAUCCCCAAAGGUAUUUAGCUGCCUAACCCCCAUUGAUUUGAAAGCAGUAGGAGUUAGGCACCUAAAUACCUUUGGAGAUCUGAGCCUUUGUGCUUUUAUUUAUUCCUAUUCACAUUACAUUCUGAUGUUCUCCUGUCAUUUGUACCAGUGGUAACUAUCUAAAUAUAAUUUAUUUUAAUGCUCCA